CGGGUUUAUAUGUGUAUAAAGGCAGGCGCAGGCUGCGCAGCAACUAUAGGCCGUUGGAAAGGCUUUUGACACUACAAUCUAUAUUCAUCACCCUAAAAACUUGGCAAUUACGGUGUAUGAGCUAUCGUUUCGUUCGGUGGUCGAGGAUGGCGGAAGAGAUGACUAAGGCGGAGCUUGGAUCCUCCUCCUCAACUACUAAAUCCAGAUCUUUGUGGCCUUCUCUUUUCCGUUGGAUCCCUACCUCUACCGAUCAUAUCAUCGACGCCGAAAAGCGUCUUCUCUCCUUAGUCAAGACUCCUUAUGUUCAAGAACAGGUUAAUAUAGGGUCUGGGCCACCUGGGUCCAAAGUCAGGUGGUUUCGGUCUGCCAGCAAUGAACCAAGGUUUAUCAACACAGUUACUUUUGACAGCAAAGAUGAUUCUCCUACUCUUGUAAUGGUUCAUGGAUAUGGUGCUUCUCAAGGUUUCUUUUUCCGGAAUUUUGAUGCUCUUGCUAGACGAUUCAGGGUCAUCGCCAUUGAUCAACUAGGUUGGGGUGGAUCAAGCAGGCCUGACUUCACUUGCAAAAGUACCGAAGAGACUGAGGCUUGGUUCAUUGAUUCCUUUGAGGAGUGGCGUAAAGCCAAAAACCUUAGCAACUUUAUAUUGCUUGGGCACUCUGUCGGGGGCUAUGUUGCAGCUAAAUAUGCUCUCAAGCAUCCUGAGCACAUUCAGCACUUGAUUUUGGUGGGACCUGCUGGAUUUUCAUUGGAAUCAGAUGGUAAGUCAGAGUGGCUUACACGGUUCAGAGCAACAUGGAAAGGAGCUGUUCUGAACCAUUUGUGGGAAUCUAAUUUUACUCCUCAGAAGCUUGUCAGAGGUAUUGGCCCUUGGGGUCCAGAUCUUGUACGCAAGUAUACAAGUGCUAGAUUUAGUUCAUAUUCAACUGGUGAUUUGUUAACUGAAGAGGAGUCCAAGUUACUCACAGAUUAUGUGUACCAUACUGUAGCAGCCAAAGCUAGUGGAGAGCUGUGCUUGAAAUACAUAUUUUCAUUUGGAGCAUUUGCUCGGUUGCCCCUUCUGCACAGCGCAUCAGAAUGGAAAGUGCCAACCACUUUUAUAUAUGGCUUUGAAGAUUGGAUGAACUACCAAGGAGCCCAAGAAGCUCGCAAGCAAAUGAAGGUCCCAUGUGAAAUUAUUAGGGUCCCCCAGGCUGGGCAUUUUGUAUUCAUAGACAAUCCCUCUGGGUUCCACUCGGCUGUAUUGUAUGCUUGCCGCAGAUUUCUCUUGCCUGACCCUGAUAGUCAAUCCCUUCCUGAAGGCUUGACAUCUGCCUAAAAAUAGAGUAGGCUAUAAAUUGUAAAUUGAUAGCCUAUGUAUUAAAAAAAAAAAUAAAACAUUCUUUCUGCGAAGUUUGUUGAUUCAUACAUCCUUCUGUAGUUGAUGACUUCAUAAGAAAAUUCCAUUGUUCCUCAGAGAAGCUAUAUUCUGAACGCAUGCAUAAUUUAAUUCAGUUGUUAUGAGCGGUUGAAUUUGCCA